CUCGACUAUCCACUAGGCUACCUAGACUAUUACUCUGCUUACACCCCAAAGUAUCUCGUUGCCUAUUCUCUCCCCUGAUCGUGAAAGUGGUCAACAAGCCCUACUUUCAAUCUCAGCUCGGGGCCCUACUCCACUUAGCCUGCCAUCGCCUGCUUCCUCGUCGAUCGGCAUUGAAGUCCAUCGUCAAUAAUUCCCCGCAACGCCGAUCGUCCUUCGCUACGGAAAAAAAAAACCUUUGCGUCCGCGCUUCCCCCUCACGACACCAAAUUAAACAACUCAUCGUCAUCUUCUCCCAUACCUCCUCCUCCUCCUCGUACACAACACAUCAAUUAUACAGCCCAAUUCCACCGGUCGCAGUAGCUCAAGCUGCGACGCCCCCAAAACCACCACCAAGAAAGACGCCCGGUCUCUCCAAGCGCCCGGGCCCUGACGCAGGUACCAGGCACCGAGCCGGCGCUUCGCCCUUCAACCCGCGUCCGUUAUUGGCUGUCCCUGUCGCUCUACAGUGCGUCCGGGAAAUCGAGCCCGCGGUUCCUGAAGAAUCCGCAUCCGACAGCAACGCUGAAUACUGUGUCACUCGCCCCCUUCCCCUUGGGCUAGAGGCUGGUCCUAUUCUCUAGGCCACUGUCACACGCCUGUCGAGGGCGCUCUCUCCACUUGGGUCAUGGCAUGGUGGUAGUUGCCCUUUUUAUUCCAACGGCGUUGACCACCUGAAACGCGUCUCGGCGAAUUUUUUUCUUAGACCUGUCAUUGGACUUUUGGAUUCUGGCCUGCUUCGGAGCUCCGAGUCCUGAAACAGCUACGGCGUGUACUGCAGCGCCAGCGCUGUCCGUCGGCUGUAAUUAUAGAAACCGGUGCUUUUGAUUGUUGUUGUUUGUGUUGACCAUUAGCUUGUCUAGACUGGUCUCUCGGCGGCUCUUGUCACUCGGUGCUUUCUUAUAAUUCACCCUUGCGCCGGGCUCUGUCUUCUGUCUUUCUAUCUUUAUCGUUGUUGUUUCUUUCUGUACAAAGAGCUCGACUCGACUUUUCCUUGUUUCCUUUUGUCUUGCAUUUACAUUCGUUGCUUCUGUACUAUAUCUGGGGUAUCCACUCUAUACUUUCAUUUGGUCUUUCGUUCUACCAGCAUUGCUCUUGUGUGGUGUCCUCUCUCUUGACUGUUGACCAGCCUUUCUUUUUCUUCUUUGAGCUUUCGCGUUGCAUUUUGUUAUACAAUCCCUUGCAUCUGCCGGUCCGUUGAAUCUGGCUUUUUCUUUCCAGCGAUUCUUGCAUUGCAAUGACCUCGACUACCCUCAUGACUUUCUUGCUGACUACCAACCCUGAGAUUCGAUCGGUCAAGCUGUUCGGAUCAUGGGAUAAUUUCUCAAAGGCUUAUCCUAUGGAGAGGGAUAGGCGCGUGGGACCGGGUCAAUGGCGUGGAUGUCAUACGUUUACGGAUAUCAUAGGCGAUGGGCCUCCCGGUGACAAGUCCCAAUGGCGUACGGGAGGUCUGAAGAUGGGUGCCACCUACUGGUACUAUUAUCUUUUGGAUAGUGACGUGGAAUACUUCAGUCAAGUCGAGCCUGUCACAACCAAAUGUCCUUUGCUACCAGGGCAGCCGGUGAAUAUUUUGAAUGUGCCCAUUAUUCUCCCCGACAGCCGCUCUCAUGCACGUUCGAGUAGCAACGGCUCGCAAAAGGCCGACUACCGAACAAUGAACCCGGAAGACAAGUUCAUGAACCCGCGGAAGCCGCCAAAGCCCAACUUGGCACGCCUACAAACCUCCGUGCCUUAUCCUCAAGCCCUCACCCCGUCUAUUGCUACCAGCACUUCCCCGGGUAUAAUUCAUCGCAGUGCAUCUCAGCCGAAUAGUGCUACCCGAAAAUACCAUCAUGCCAAGGACGCUCGCUCUGUCUCGCCACCGAGAAAUCGUGCUCUUCCCACUUUCCGACCUGCCCAAGAGGCAAAGAGCCCGAAAUGGACCGAGAUGCCGUUGAGAUCCAACACGGUGGAUGGAAGGCCGCAAGAUCGCCGCAAUGCGCCGGGCAAUGUAAUUGCUCCCGAGCUUGCUUCUUCGUCCGCAAACCACCCUGAAAUAUGUAUCGCGCCCACUAUUCAAACUCGUCGUGCCAUGAAGACAAACGGCAAUGAGGUCGGACAGACUUGCAACCUUCUGACCGUGGAGACGCGCCCCCAUUUCCGCAAGCCUAGCGUUUCAAGAGGCGCCGCAGCGGGACCGAGUUUGGGAACGGUUGAUGAAACACAAGCUCUGAAAGAUGCUCUCACCUGGGUGAGCUCUGGUGAUCUCAUAACUCCAAAGGGGCGCGAUAUUCACGACAAGCGACUGCCCACGCUACCCAACACUCCUUCCUCAGUCAUGGACGAAGCAUUGCAAGCUAUGGACGAGACGGACAAGGCCAUGAGUGCUCAAGUUCCCCGUAGCUACUUCUCGAGUCUAACCACGACAACCGGUCAGUCCAUCCACUCUAGCUUUAUCCCCGAACGCAGCCGAUUCUCAGAGUGGAGCACGGACACCGAGACCGAGACCGAGACCGAGACCCAGGAUGACUCUCCCGAAUCAAUGAUCUCUACAUCCACCUUCAAUCAUGAAUUCAACGACUCCCCAGCCGUGGACGACUGGCGCACACCAGAGCUAUCUCAAGCCAACGACGCCGCAACCAAUACCGAUCCAAACACUCCCCAUUUGACUGUGCACUCGAAACCGUCCUCUCCCAACUCUGCUUCAGGCGACAUCCCACCAUGGAACAUGAGCUCCAUGAACAUCUCUCUCCCCCAACUCACCGUCUCCCUCUCCUCCCCAGGCCUGCCCACGGGUCUGGGCAUCGAUCAAAUGGACGAAGUAGAAAGCAAUCCCAAACGCCACGCCGCCCUCUUCAGUGCCCUCGAAUCUAUGGAAUCUCUGUCCCUCUCCCGCAGCCCAGACGGCUCUCCGAUUCUUUUGCCCGAGAUCCAGCACCGCUCCGAUAGGGAGCGCAGCGAGGGCAAUGACGAAGUAUAUCGCCGUGUCCUGUCGCAGGCGAGUGAGGCUUCGUUCCGGGGGAAUAGCACUAUGCAAGAGAUUUUGGACGAGCUGAGUUAUUUGAAGAAUAUGAUUCAGGCUGAGAUGGAUGGGGAGCCGUUUUAGGCGGUGGUUUCAGGAGGGGAUCUGUCUCUCUUUUGCUUCUUGACACUCGCUUUUUAUAUUGCUUCAUGCGGGUGCUGGUUCGCUCGGUGAUGUCUGUACUAUUUAUAUAUAGAAUAUAGUGACCUGUGAAAUCGACAUCGAGGAUAACAGCCUUUGGCGCUGGAAAGGGCUGAUUUUCCACCCUCAACUAUAGACAGGAAGGAAAAAACCUAUCAAGUAGGGGAGUCAUGAAGGAAGCAUUCGGAGCAACGAUGGAGAGAGACAACACAAUGAUGCCUGACAUAUCAGGCAUCAAUACGUCCACCCAAAGUCAUCCAUCUGUUACCGUGGAUAUUCAUCUCAAACAGUUCAAAGCGGG